AAUAGUGGGAAGGAGGAACAACGUUUAAUAGGAUCCAAACGGAGUCUCUGCUCUUAAACAGGUGGAACGUUCUGUUGGACGUCCUCGAAUUUAUACAAAUACGUGCAGGUUGAUGAGGGCGUCUCCCUGUCAACCCAGUUAGGAGUUGGGCGCCCGCUGAUGUCAGGAGACAGUGAUCCGCACUGAAGAGGGCGGGCGCUGCCAACAUGUGACAGAGAGCAGUCGGCUGGUUUCUCCACACCCAUCUGACCGUUAAAGAGGAAAGUGAAAAGACGCGGGGCAGUUGGAGGAGCGGGUCGGACUAUACCGCGAGUUGCUCACACUAAGUUCUGCUCUGCUGCAAACAAAAAAGCAGCAGAAACAACAGCAGCAACAACAACAAAAUGGCAAGUUCUGCCUCACUGGAGACGGUGAUGUCCUGCGGUAGGACCGGACCGACUGCGGCUCCUAAGACCCUGGCCUUUUCCAUAGACCGGAUCAUGUCCAAGAGCUCGGAGUCCAAAGGGAACACGGAGGAACGGUCAGAGGGGAAGAAGCUAUUGGGGCUCUGCUCCCCGAUCCCUUGCAUGAUUCCACUGCAGCCCUUAAGCUAUGACCUCCAAGCCAAAGCGCUGAUGAACUACUCCGAGCUGUGGAGAGCCAGUUUCAGGGGCACUUUUUGCGGUUCUUCGGCCGCUCCGUGCAAAGGGAGCUGCGGAAUGUGCAGCAAAGCGGAGACGAGCUUGAAGCCGCCGCUGUUGACGUCAGGAAGCAGGGUGGUAAAACCGCAGGUCAUCCACCAGGCCGUGGCCAUGCCCAGCGGCGGCUCGCUCUACUACCUUAACUACCUAGACUCUGCCUACCAGCAGUCGGAGCUGCUGGCCGGACACUGGUUCGCCAGUCCGCAGGCCCGGCCUCCUUUUCGGCGUCCGCAGGCCCAGGCCUCUUUGUCGGCGCACCACCGACUCUUGCUGCUGGAGAACGCCAAGCUGACAGGGGUGGGGGUCGACAAGCUGCCCACACCUCAGUACCCGCACAAAGAACAUCUGCCGGGGCAGCUGGACCAGAUAGUGAAGGAGAAUCACGGCCUAAGCGCGGAGAAGAACGGCGUCAAGACGCACAGCAAACUGAGCGGCAGCAGCGUUGCAGACGGGAAACCCAAAAACUUCACAUGUGAAGUGUGUGGGAAGGUUUUUAACGCGCACUACAAUCUGACCAGACACAUGCCGGUGCACACCGGGGCCCGACCCUUCGUCUGUAAGGUAUGCGGGAAAGGAUUCCGGCAGGCCAGCACACUGUGCAGGCACAAGAUCAUCCACACACAGGAAAAGCCUCAUAAAUGCAACCAGUGUGGCAAGGCGUUCAACAGAAGCUCGACUCUGAACACUCAUGUACGGAUCCACGCUGGAUACAAACCUUUCGUUUGUGAGUUCUGCGGGAAAGGCUUCCACCAGAAAGGAAAUUAUAAGAACCACAAGCUGACGCACAGUGGGGAGAAGCAGUACAAGUGCUCCAUCUGCAACAAGGCCUUCCACCAGAUCUACAACCUGACUUUCCACAUGCACACGCACAAUGACAAGAAGCCCUUCACCUGUGCCACCUGCGGCAAGGGCUUCUGUCGCAACUUUGACCUGAAAAAACACAUCAGGAAGCUGCAUGACAGCAGCUUCUCAGCGGCCACAGAGGCCUCCAGAGAGCUGCAGAGUUGAGCGGCAAUGGUAAUUCCCCACAACACUUUUUAACACUCAACCCUGGACUGUGAAGACUCAAAAACUGGCUUAUGUAUUGUGUGAACUGUAUAUGAAAGUCCCAAGAGAAGGUGGGAUACUCGAAUAAAACUGGACAUUAUCCCUUUGCGGUAACACAAUAAACUUUAGGAUCCUGUCCAAGUGUUCCAGCAGUGACACUGUAGAGAAUGAAGAGAGCGGAAAGUACAACCGAUCAACACUUAGCACUGGGUCCCAUAUUAUAGGAAUAUUACAGGGUUUUCUUUUCUGUACAGCUUGAAUUUCUUCCUGCAUUGUCACUGACAAGCAUCAGACAUUGGAAAAAAUCAUCUGUCUCCAUGAUGGAACUGUAAAUAAUAAGUAAUGGAAAUAAUAAUAAUAAUAAUAAUAAAAUGUUAUUUAAAUGUGAAUUGUCUGUGGAGCUCAUUGCCAUGCUGUGAAUUCCACAGAAGAAAAUUGUUAAGGUGAAUAAAUGAGUUGUAACUUAUAAUGAAACCUGAAUAUUUGAUCCAUGUUGUUUCCAUUUUUCAAGGCAUUUGAAAAUAAACCUGAAUAAUAUGAUGAAAGUUGUACUGACUAAGUUUAGAAACAUUUUGUUAGGUGUGGGUUUUAGCUGGCUGGUG